AUGCGCAAGCACCACGGGAAGCUCGAAACCGUCAUGCCAAACCCACCCCCCGUCCUCGGUAUCCAAUACCAAAACCUGGUUGUAUUUCGGCUUCAAACUUCGACUGUACAUUUGGCAUUCCUUCUAAUCAACCUGGUGGCUGUUGCCAGGGUAGCUACUGCACUCCUAUGGGCAAUAAAUACCAAUGUAUAG